GAAGCAACAGCUGCUGGAGUCUGUAAUCUGCGUGAGGCAUGUUUGUUAUUCGUGUGCAAGAAGAAGCUGUCGUAGCUCAGAAGUGCUUGUUUUGUGCACAACAACGUAAAAAUGAUAGUUUUGCGUGUGACUUUACUACCGUUUUUAUUGUACUUCGUAAUUUUAUUCCAUGAAGCAUCUCUGAAAGACAGAGAAUAUAAUGACUUUCUAUUGGUGACGGUGGCUACGAACCAGACCGAUGGUUUCAAGAGGUUCAUUCGCUCGGCUAAAGUGUACAACAUCCCAGUCAAGGUUUUGGGCCUUGGAAAGAAGUGGGAGGGGGGAGAUGUGCACAGAUAUGCAGGCGGAGGCCACAAGAUUAAUCUCUUCAAGACGGAAUUGCUCAAACACAAGGACAUUGCAGAGAAGAUUAUUAUGUUCACUGACAGCUAUGAUGUGAUCUUGCUAUCAGGAGUGGACAAGAUAGUGGAGCAGUUUAAAAAUUUUGAUGCCCGAGUGGUAUUUUCUGCCGAAGGCUUUUGCUGGCCUCAUGAGGGGCUGGCGUCCAAGUAUCCUACUGUCCAGAGGGGGAAACGGUAUCUAAAUUCUGGAGGUUUCAUUGGUUAUGCCCCAGAGCUGUAUAAAGUAGUGGCAUCAUCAGUAGUCGCCAAUGAAGAUGAUGAUCAGCUGUUCUAUACCAAAGUGUACCUAAACGAGGAACUGAGGAACAAAUUCCGCAUCAAACUUGAUCACAGAGCAGACAUAUUCCAGAAUCUUAAUGGUGCUGUUGCGGACAUUGAACUGAAAUUUAAGGGGCAUGAAGCAUAUUUGCAGAACACCGUGUACAAUACAGUUCCAUUGGUGGUCCAUGGGAAUGGGCUGAGCAAACCGGUGCUCAACACGCUUGGCAACUAUUUGGCCAGCAGUUGGAACUCGGAAGAUGGCUGCCUCAGUUGCUGGGAUGACUCGAUUAUUCUGGAGGACAAAGACCCAAAGAGCUACCCAACUGUACUGGUAGCAGUGUUCAUUGAGCAGCAAACACCAUUCUUAGAAGAGUUCCUUGAGAAGCUCCACAACAUUGAAUAUCCUAAAGAGAAACUGCACCUCUUUGUGCAUAAUUCAGCAGACUACCACUCAAAGCACCUAGAAGGUUUUCUGUCAUCGUACGGUGAAGAGUUUCGCACUGUGAAGAGGAUUGAUCCAAGUGACAGUCUGAAAGAGUUUGAGGCCCGCAACCUGGCUGUCAACUACUGUUUGACGGUGAAUUGCGACUACUACUUUAACUUGGACAGCGAUGCCCAUUUGGAUAACCCGCACACCCUCCGCCUUCUUGUCGAGCAGAACAGGGGUGUUGUGGCACCACUGCUGUUGAGACCAUAUAAGGCGUGGUCCAACUUCUGGGGAGCAUUGACAGCUGACGGCUUCUAUGCCAGAUCCAUGGACUACAUGGAAAUCAUACACAAUGACCGCCGUGGUGUGUGGAACGUGCCGUACGUGAGUGCUUGCUACCUGAUUAAUGGCACACUCAUCAGACAGCCUGAGACAAAGCCGUCAUACUCAUACUACCAGUUGGAUGCUGACAUGGCUUUCUGCUCCAACAUGAGGUCUAAGGAUGUCUUUAUGUAUGUGAGCAAUCGUGUGGACUUUGGUCACCUAGUAAAUGCAGACAACUUUGACACAAGUCGCAUAUACAGCGAGAUCUACCAGAUCUUUGAUAAUCGGUGGGACUGGGAACAACGAUACAUACAUGAGAAUUACACCGAGAACUUUAACCCAAAUAACACCAUUGCACAGCCUUGUCCAGAUGUGUACUGGUUUCCUUUGGUGAAUCCUCGCUUCUGCAAGGAAUUCAUUGAAAUCAUGGAGACUUAUGGUCAGUGGUCUGAUGGCACCAACAAGGAUCCACGGCUGGAUGGGGGCUAUGAGAAUGUGCCGACACGUGACAUACACAUGAAGCAGAUUGGAUUGGAGGCUCACUGGCUGGAAGUGUUACGUCUGUAUGUACGCCCACUGCAGGAGCUCGUGUUCAUCGGUUACUUCCACGACCCCCCACGAGCAAUAAUGAACUUUGUAGUGCGCUACAGGCCAGAUGAGCAGCCUUCACUGAGACCACAUCACGACUCCUCCACGUAUACCAUCAAUGUGGCUCUCAACCGACCAAACAUAGACUAUGAGGGAGGUGGAUGCAGAUUCAUCCGUUACAACUGCAGUGUCACAGACACGCGGCUUGGCUGGAUGCUGAUGCAUCCUGGGCGACUGACGCACUACCACGAGGGUCUGCAAGUUACAAAAGGAACGCGAUACAUCAUGAUCUCAUUCGUUGACCCAUAGACCAGCUACAGUGUCACACAGCCGCACACUGAUGACUCCAGGGUUGCUAGGCGCUUGCUUUGAGUUCCUUUACAAGAGUCAUGCCUUCACAUUGACAUACUUUUAAUAGUCUUCAUGGAUUGAUGAAUCACACAGUGCUGACUGACAGGCAGAGGAUUGCACCGUCAGUGGCUAACACAGCUUAGUCAGCAUGUUAUUGCUGUGUCAUUUAUUCUAUAACAUGAUACUGUCAGACAGAACAUUUUGACUUUAAGCUGAUAAAAAUAUUGCUUACUGUUACAGAUCCUGAGCCAGCACUCUUUAAUUCACGUCCCCACUACCCAUUUCUCGAAGACCAGCUUUAAUAUUUUCCUUCGCUUCUUUCUUUGUAUUGGAUGUAUAAUAAGAAAUAUGGGUCAAAGACCCCUAGAAGGAAAUUCAUCCUUCCUGUCCCAGUGCAUUUAUUUAAUAAAUAUUCUUCUUAAAAACUGGAUUUUAUAAAAGUGUUUACUGACAUAUUUUAACACUGACACGCAUGUGAUAUGUUGAGACCAGCCUCAGAUCGUAUUAAAUAUGGAAUUGGAGCGUUUGUUUUGUUGAUGACGGACCACCCAGAAUAAUGUGAAUGUUACGUUUUGAAACGUGAGCCCCAAUUCAAUGCGAGUGUCCCGCCACCAUUUUACGUAUAAUAUGCAUCAAAUUUUAUAUCUUAAAACAGUUUAACUGAAUGUAUUAUUUUUUCCGGUUUUGUUGGCCUAGUUAAUAUGCCUGCCUUGGGCAGAGUUCUGAUACCUGGCUUAUUUUUUUACACUGGUGUUUUCAUGUUCUGUUUACGUCCCAUCUCUGGUCUAGAUAGCGCUUGACUUUAAUGAACUCCACCACGCAGUUAACUUUUCUUUUAACCUCAAGAUGGAGACAGUCAGAUUAUGAAAUGUGUUGCAUCUUUCCGUGGCAAUGCAGAGUGUCCAGAAAGUACUCCCAUGUUGAAGUU